AUGUUGAUUUCUCUUUGUUCCAGAACCUUUGCAAUUCUGCUCAUCACCAUCGCAGCGGCGACCACAGCGCCCGCCUCAUCCUCCAGCCAUGACAACAACCUCACCACUGACCCCAAGGACCCCACCACGCACCAGCUCCUCAGCUCACUCGGCCUCAAGAAGCUCAGGAUACCGGCCGCCCACCACCGCAAGAGGCUAGCGGAGCAAGGAAGACGACACGCCAGCGGCGAUUCAAGGAUGUUCGUCAUCAAACUGCCUCCAAACACCAGCUACUACUCACACGCUGAUCCUGCCCCUGCCGCCGCCCGCACUCUCCCUCUCCAAAUGACCAGCAACGGAAAACCUGCCAGGGUCUAUCACUGGAACAUCCCAGUACUCCAGAAACUCGCCAAGAACAGACCACAAGCCAGAUUCGACGACGAAAUCGUCGAUGUAGAGAGCACUCCCACCUGGCCGAAGGGAACCAAUGACCACCCGAACUCUCUGGACGCACUCGCUUACUACGUCCCAGCCAAGAAGACGUCUUUCAGGAAAUACUUCUCAGGAAACGGCAAACCUAAGUCCUUCUACGUCAUCGAGAAGAACAAGAAGUCCGCGGAGUACCACAGACUACUCCCAUAAUUUUCAACUUCUUUCCUGCUUUGUAAAUUGGAUUGUAUUUAGUAAAUCUGCGAAGUACUGAUCUAAUGUGUAGAGAUAAUCACUGCUAAUCUCGUUUAAAUGAUAGUUUCUGAGGUUGAUUUGAAUAAAAUAUUUCCUUGCCGACGGCCACAUAUCCAUCUGGGUACCUAAUAGCGGUAUAAUAGUCGAGUAUUAAAUGACGUUAUUAGGAACCUGACACAUUACACAUAUUUCUGAACAUUACGCACAUACAUUCCCCUUAUUUAGUACAGUUAACGCGAUUUGAUUUAUUUUGUAACACUUCUUAUAAUUGAGGCUCAUAAAAGUAUGCUGUAACAUGUUUGAAAUAUUGUUUCAAGAUAAUCAUUAUUUAUUAUUAUUGCGGAUUUUUAUUAAAAAGGCAAAAAGUUUUAUUUUCAUAACAGUCUACUGAAAGAACAUUACAAAUUAUCUGCCUUAUGUACUAACGAUUAUUUCAUGAAAACUAUGUAAAAACUUACAUUAUCCAUGUAUGCCUGUGUGUAAGCUUGAUUUGUAUGACAGGAAUAAAAUGGUUGUAGGUAAUAAUAUUAUGUGCGUAAGAAAAUGAACUUGAAUGUAAUGAUGAACUCAGACUUGUCAUACAAAUCAAGCUAUAUUUUACAGGACAGUUAUAAAUAGAUACAGUAGAAUAAGUAAAUAAUCAUUGUAAAUAGUUGCUUUGCGUUUAGUUUUAGAUAAACGAUAGGUGCUUAGAUAUUAGUAAGACUGCGAAACGAAUUUAAAUUAUUACUAUAGUUGUAGUAUAGGCUCAUGUCGCAGACAAAGGAAACUGUCAGUACUUAGUUAAAUAUCUGACAUAUCAUUUAUUUUUUAUCAUCCAAGUUGACUUGGUAUUCGUCCAAGUCAUCCAACUCUCUUUGAACAAGGAGUUGUUGAGUAUAGAGACAGCUCUACGUACAAAAUUAUUGUAAAUUUUUGGCAAACCUUAAUUUUCGACAUCGUCCGACAUGAUUCUGUAAUAAUAUGGCGCAGUAGGUUGCAUUAUGCGCCAUUUGAUCUUAAUACUUUACUUUUGGUUUAGCUACUAAACAUUCUCGCGACUUUUUUGAUGCAUCAACAGCUCUGUUAUAUGAUGAAUGUUUAUGUUGGACUCUACAUUUUAAAAUAAUAAUAUUAUAAAGAACAUAAUAAUUAUGUUCUUUAUAAUCAAUUUAAAAUCU